AUGAUUCUAAAAUGCAUUUGUUUCAUUUUUUGUACCUUAAAAGUACUUCAGCACAACAUCGGUGAAGCAGCGUUCGUAUCACCAUCAAGCCAUCAAAAAAUAGUGCUCAUCUCUGCUCAAAAUAUUGCCUUAACAUGGAGUGGCCACUCUGACCAUAAUUUAUCGGCUUUUGAUGAACUCCUGCAGAAUGGAUGCCUCAUACAUGGGAUCCCUAUUGAUAAUAUCACAUCAUCAAUGCAAGCGCAUUCCUUGAUGCUUUCUGGCGGAUCCAGUCAAGAAACUACGUUUAAUAAUUCCCGUGAAAUGACCUGUGAUAAACUUAUUUUUUCAAAAAUCAAACCAACAUCUGAACCUCUCUGGUUGACUAAUCAACGCCAUGGCCAUCAAAGCGCCUCAUAUUUUUGGCCUGAGGAUUAUAUUUCGGUAAACGGAUCGCGUCCUUUCAAAACUGCCGGCAUUAAUCCCAGCACACAUAGUGCCUAUUUUAAUAUUGAUCAGAUUAUCCAGUGGCUCCUCUCCCCUGCUAUUUCGCUCGUUGAUAUUUUUAUUCCUCCCACAGAAGGUCUUCAUGGAGACUAUAUCUCCUCUUUAUCCGUCGAAUACACGAACGCCUUUCUAUCUUCUCUACUCAGCCACAUUAAAAACCACCCGAAAUUGAAUUCUUCUGUCAGUUUCGUAUUUGUUGGGGGUUUCGCAGUCGCGAAUUCAAAUUCAGAUGAAUCGCCCGUUAUUAUUGAAGAUCUUUUCAAGUCGACACGAUACUUUAAUCAGUACCUAGCUAGUGGCCAUAACUUUGAAGUCUGGCUGCCACCUUAUCGAGAAAAUGAGAGUCUCCGGACUGUUCUCGCUGGUAAAAAUAGUGAUUUUAUCACGUGUAAUACUUCCCAAUUCCUCGAGCGCUUUCCCCAGGUGGAUGUUGGUGUUCUCCCACCAUAUUACCUUGUAGCGAAACCAGGAAAAAUGUUAUUUCUUCGCAAGCAGCAUUUGGAGGAGGCGGAGUCAGCCUAUGUGAUUCUCUCGGGCCCGGCUUUUAACACCUCAAACAGGGCCUGCAAGAAGACCGCCAAACACCAUAUCCAGCUCACCGACGUCUACCCGCUGGUGUGCUGGGCGUUGGGCCUGACUCGUCCAUGGCCCCACUCGGGCCACUUGGCGCGGGUGAGCCACCUUCUCCGGAAACCGCCCACUCAAAGCGAACUCGACGACUUCAACGCCUAUGCCACGGGACGCGCCAGUUCAGUAGAAACGGGUCUGUUCAUGGGGAUUUCUGCCUCUACACUUAUCAGCGGUACGUUAUUGGACAGUCUGGUCUCUGGCAGGCUGCUUUCUAAAAGCCAAUCCCAAGCCUACUUUAUGCACCAACCACGCUCCAUUAUUGCCUCAUUCGCAAUUGUGUUUGGACUCCUUUUCGUAUCCCUCGCUGUCAAGUACGGUGGGUCAUCUCAAACGUUCCGUGGAGGCGUGGUGCGGUUUGCCAGCGACAUGCGCCACCGUAGAAGACGUUUCCGGCCGGCAGGAGGUGAAAGUCUCCUUGGUGACUCGAGCAGUAACCGCGGUGUGGAAGAUGACGAUGAGGAGGAGGUUGUAGUGUCGACCGACGCUCUGAGGAAUAGCUUCGCAGGCAAAAACGAUAGUCAGGCUUUCCUGCAGAUGCUUCAUAGUCCAACAGUCAGUGGAACGCCCAGAACUGCCCCUCUAUCAACCAAUUUGUGA